GCUGUGGGGUUGCUCAUUGUUCCAUGGACGUGGACGAGGGCGACAGCGAGUCUGAUGCUCUCUUUUCUGCCCGGCCGGAGUGGACGACGGUGUCGUUGCCUGGCCUUUGCGACCUCCGAUUUGACUGCCAGACGACAUUUGACGGGUCUCGUCCGUCUCCACUUUUCGAGCCACGCCGCGUCCCAAGAGAGUGAGCGCAGUUUCUCAUCAUUCCAACCUCUUGCGAGUCUCUCGGCGUCCAGAAAAUAGCUCCACCGGUCCUUAGCCAUGGCCGCAAGCGCGAAUGCCAGUCACGACUUCACCAAGGCAUCGACAGAAGCGACAACAAGCUUCGUCGACGCCUACUACACGGCCCUGUCCAGCGCGCGAGACAGCAUAAACUCAUACUACGCGCCCGCCCAGGCAACCGCGGACGGUUCCACCAUCCCCGACAUCCUGUGGAACGGCACCAGCUUUGCCGAUGGCGACGCCGUCCAAAAGCUCUUCGUAGACGAAAUGCCCGCCCAUGUGUUUUUUGACGUUCACGCCGUCGACUGCCAGAUCCUGAAUCCAAAGUACAGCACAGACCCCAAGAUGAAGCCGGACAAGAACUUUUCCAUGCUGGUCACGACGAGCGGGCAUCUGCGCCUCGAGGAUCGGAAGACGGGACCGCUCAAGGACUUCAGCGAGACGUUCGUCCUGGUCCCGAACGUGGAGAAGGCGCUGACCGGCGGGGGGAAAGGCGCGGCCAGCCGGAAGCGAGACUGGCUCAUCCAGCUGCAGAACUUUCGAUACGUCCACCAUCACCAUCCGAGCUUGAUCGAGGGACAGGUGGCCAUGGAAAUGGAGUAAAGGCCCCUGAGUUUGCCGGGAUUUGCCCAACGCAGCACUCCGCGCGACGCUGCAUGCACGGCUGUCUGAUCACCAAACGCGGACUGCCCUCUUUGGCAACGGGCUAAUGUCAGAAGCCACCAGUCAGUCAUGCACAAUCGCCAGCGGAGAGCCGUUGAGUGAGAACAAUCUCCAGCCCUUUCGUCGUACUUACGGGACUCAGUCAACGAUAAGACAGGUAAUAACAAUUUCAGCUUACAUUGAAGUCAGUCCUGGAAACAUGCUUAAAGUACAAAAGGUGAGCCACCAGCACCGGACGUCACAAAGCAGAGUUUCAUCAAAGCAAGCGCCGUGCUAAAUACAACCCAAGUAGAAGAUUCUUCCACUCAUUCGCAGGCCGUCAAAAAUGACAUACAAUAACAAAUCGUUUUCAUCUUCAUGUACAUCAGAAUCCUGUUCAUCAGAUCUUUCAGACGAUAGGUCGAUCGGCUUCCAGAAGCAGCAGACGCGCCACGAGGCGGUCAAAAAAUACGGUAAUGUCGCCACCGCUGGUCUCCAGCGAUUCCUUGCUUCUCUCUUGCAGGUACGAUUUGGAUUGAAGGAUAGCUUCCCUCAACCGUAAAAUCACAGUUUCGCCGGCUGUGAAGGCCGAUGGCGCAUUACGACUCGUCCAUAUUUGCCCGCCGUCAACCAAGCUGAGAAGUCUUUCUCUGUGGGUCGUGCCGCAGCAGUUCUUGUAAAAUUCCAGGAGAUCGACCAUGCCGUCGAUCUCAUCCUCAACAUUUGGAGACGAGUUCGUGCCUCCGUCUUGGAUCGAAUGGAACGCGUCCUUGUGCGUCUUGUGCUGUAGGCUCUCGAUGGACAUGAGGAGCACAAGGAAUGUACACGUGAUCAAGGGAAAUCGACUGCUGUUUUUGUUCAGGCAUUCGAUCUCAAGCUUUGACAACACCUCUUUCAUAUACUCUGAGGCAAGUUUGGAGAAGACCUCUCCGAGCUGGCCGCGGAUGUAACAUGGUACAACGUCUUGCUCGCGGACAUCGAUCGAGAAGAAGUAGUUCAAGAUUCGACGGGUAUUUUCGCUCGGCGAAACCCGAGUGUCGCCCCCGAUGUGGAUCAAAUUGAGAAGCUUGAACGCCUGGCCCAGCAGCUUCUUUGCUGGUCUCUGCUCUUCUCGGUUAGUGGGGCAGACUACGAGCACCGUAUCGUGCGACUCACGUUCUCAUUGCUCUCGCUGAGCUUGAGGUAGAAUUCAUAAAUAUGCUUGAGCACUACCAGGGGACUCUUAUAUACGGGAAAAUGGGUAAAGUUAGCUGGACUAUCGAUUAGCCUCGUCAGAUGUUCGUCCACGGCAGACUUGAGCUCAGACGUGUUUGUCAAAAGCGCAGGAAAUACCCAUUCCUUCUUCUCCGUGCGCUCGGCAUGGUUCAUGUGGUGCUCAGGCCACUUGUAGUGCACAUGUUCGUGAAUCAGCUCGCAUGAGAAUUUCGAGCAAUUGAGCGAGCUAACAACCUGCGCUGGCCAGGGGAACGGUUCUCCAAAGCCAAGGGUCAGGUAGAUUGUGAAAUCGCUGUCGGGAAAAGUGCGAAAGUUGACGCCAAAGUCGGUUCCCAACGCUCGCUUCCGAGGAAAGAUAUGGCCUUGAAGGAAUUUGUCGGCGAUGUCUUCGAGCUGCUGACCACGGCAUGGGUGAUGGAUCAGAUUCUGCUUGUAAUAGUUGAUGCACUGCCUGCAUGGGAUGCCCGGAUCGCACUGGGGAUUGUCAACUGCGUCCCUUAUUACUUCGCGAAGGUGCUCGAUUCUCACCUUUGCCUUUCGAGAACGGCAGCUUUGGCAAGCCUUCACAUUCCGCAUGUACGCUGUGGACCGGCGCUGGGCCUCGUUGAGCGGGCCGGUACGUCCACGAGGACGUUUCCCGCCGGAGGUCAUGGCCGGGGUCAAGCGAUGCGUGUUUUCAGCGGCACUGUACUGGAUCAUGCUUAAUGGCGACGUGCUUGUCAUUCCUCUGCUGCCGGAGACGGGCUGCUUGGAGAACUGAAUCGGCUCUUCAAAGGUCGUGUUGCAAGGGGUGGCAUUCUCGCCCACGCUCUCUACUUGCGAUGUGGAAGUGUGUGAGCUGGCCCAGCUUCCAUGGCUGUAAAACGAAGUAUCAACUGUGCUGGUGGGGCUUAAGAAGUGAUAUUGAGCCUCACUCGGCUUUGUUGGAAUGUUGACUGGGUUAGAGCCAGGGUAUGCAGUGUUCUGGAGCACGGGAGAGCUAUUCCACGCGGCGUAGUCUACCAUGGAAGUCGCGGGGUCUUUGAAUUGGGAAUUGAAGGGAUGGCAAGGCAAAGACAAGGCCUGCGACACUGUCCAGUCGUGAGAGAUGUCUAGCAUCUCGGAGCUGGACAAUGGAAUGGAUUGUGGACGAUACAAGAUGAAGUCCGGGGAGGCGGACCGAUGAUCAUAUGAUUGGACUCCAUACUGCAGCUGCUGGUACAAAUCAUUGUUGGGUACAUCUGCGUACUGCAGUCCCCGAACAUGGUCGAGACCAAAUAACAAUUGCUCUUGAGCUACAUAGUCAUCGGCGUUGAAAGUUUGGUCCAUAAAUGGGGCUUCCAGCACACAUCAGCACGCGAAGAUUGCGGAGUCGAGGUGGAUGACGCACAUCUGUCCUUCAAAAGCCGAGGGGCUGCUGCCGGUUCAACUGACAAGAGAAGACGACCAGGCUGCACGCUCGAAACAGAGCAGCGCGAGAAUUGAAGGGCGCGUUCGAAUGCUGGUCAGAAGUACGGCGGUAAGAAAUCGAAGUUGAGAGUAGCAAAAGAAAAAAAAAAAAAAAAAAA